ACGCGGUGGUGGUUGGCGGAAACGGAGCCUGUAAUGAUCGGAUCCCGAGCUCCUCCACUUACUUCCUUCCCUAUGGUUUUUAAUUUCGAAAGUAUAUUUCAUAAUUCCUAUUCUUCGAUCAGCGAUUUUCCACUUAAAUUAUCUUCGUUUUUUGGAUGCAAUUGUUUUCAGCUAAAAGUGCAGCUUCGAUCUCGUUGGAGAAGUUUAGCUCCAUUAAUGGCGGUUCGAUGCUAGCUAGCUCGAUCUGCGCGGUAUUAGGCCAACAUUUGGAGAUAAUUAAGCGAGAGAAGUUGAUCGAGGGCGCAGUUUCUGAUUCCUAUAUUGCUAGCUGCUUUGUUUUUGUAUUCUAGAAGAAGAAGAACAAUUGUAGGCUGGCCUAUCGGUCCCUACUUAACAGAUCUGAGAGCCAUGUAGGGUUACCUUUUUCUCAGCAACGAAACGCUGUAAAACCAGUUUUGCAACUCAUCUCAAGACUACUGCUAAAGUUGGCUGUACGAUAUUUGCCGUAUUUUGCUCUCGAAAAUAUCGCCUGUAUUAUUAUAUAACAUAAAUUUUUAUCAGUUGGGCAGUACAUUGAGCAGCUUAGUGGAGCAGGAGCUGCGGAGCGCUGUGCGCUGGUAGCGAGCAGCGCGAGGCUCAGCCAUCCAGGCAGGGGUAGGAUGAUAACGCUGGUAAAAGCAGCUGCUAGCUGACACCUCUGCACAACCCCAUAUCCAGCGUCAAACGAGCAUCUCUUUUUCUCACCUUACUUCGCAUUCCACAUCAAUGAAAUAGGACACGGUGAAAGUUGAAACCCUAAACGCCUUGCCUUACUUUUCCAUAUAAAGAUGCAGAAGAAAGUGAAAAGCUAAAAGGCAAAGGCAGAGUUGUUCUGUCAGAGGACAAGAGGCGAAUUUGAGUGUAAAUCCUUUAUCCCGGGAGCAGUGAGGGGCAUGAGAGAGCGAUGGAGCCGGAGGGGAUCCACUCGAGCAAGCGGCUCAGGAGGGAUAAGGACGAGGAAAACGGAGAUGUGAAGGGCAUCGGCGGCUUACGGCCAUGGCAGCCAUGGCGGAACACUUCAUCUAGGAUUAUUAGGGUUUCUCGCGUCUCCGGCGGAAAGGACCGACAUAGGAAGGUGUGGACGACGAAGGGUCUGCGAGACCGUCGUUUUCGUCUGUCAUUUUCUACUGCCAUAGAUUUCUACGACCUACAAGACCGCCUUGGUUAUGACCAGCCAAGCAAAGCCGUGGACUGGCUCAUCAAGGCUGCUGACGCUGCCAUCGCUGAUCUUCCUGAACUUGAUGGCGAAUUGCCUCUGCCACCUGAUAUUGUUCUUCCCAGUCGAGCAAAUCUACCAGAUAGAGCAGCGGCAGCUGAGCAGCAGAUCUCGCAGUCCAAGUCAACAUGCAGUAGCGCGUCGGAGACUAGUAAGGGGUCGACACUGUCACUUUCGAGGUGCCAGGUGGGGGGGCUCGCCAGGGAAAAUACGGCAAAAGAGAAGAAGAACGAACAGGAUGCUACAGCCCAUCAGCAUCCGAAUCUGAUAACGCACAGCUCUUUCACAGAGCUGCUUACCGCAGGAUCGACCACUGAAAUGGCGGAUUGCGGCACCGGUUUUGGCCAGAAGCAGCUGAGGCCACAAUUAGCCGCUUCUACAGCAGAUUAUUUUGGCCAAGCUGGGAUCUUUGGGCAGGUGCACAAAAUUCCUCAAUUGAUGCCAGGAUAUUCUUCGAUGCUGCAUACAGGAAACAACCCUCACAUGGGAAUGGGGAUGUUGGCUUACAACGCUGCUGUUGCGGGAGACCAUCAGGAUAUGCAGCAUUAUUCUUUAAUGCAGGAUCACGUAAUUCCUGUUGCAGCAAUGGCGCCCGGGGUAGAUUAUGACCUUAACGUCUCCAUUUCUUCUGUUUCUACUGGAUUUAAUAGGGGGACCCUUCAGUCCAAUUCACCUCAUCACCACCAUCUUGUUGAAGGUGCAAACUUGCCUUUCUUCCUUGGUGCUUCUAUUCCAAUUGCAGAUGCAGAGGGAGCCUCCUCCGAGAACCAGUAUCUUGGUGGUUUUAAUGGCCGUCUGCAGGUUUGCUGUAACGAGUCACACAGGCAUCCCAAACUGAAAGGGGAAGGGAAGGGCUCAAGUCCGCAUGGAGCCUAAAAACUGUUUGUUCACUGAUUGUUUGUUGUUGCCAUAAUAUAAUAUUUGGGCGCAGCUUCUGUAGAUCGGCUGCGUUGAUGAUUGCUCCAGUUUAUGCAGAAGCCUUCUAAUGCUAUCAAUUUCAGUUAUAGUUGCUAUUUAAGGACUUUUUGUGCUCUGUGCUAGCACUGAUAUUUGGAGUGUAACAAAUGCUCAAACUUUGAAGUGAUUUUUAUGUUUCAACUCUACUGUCUACAAUUUUGUCUAAAAAUUGUCAAUUAUAUGUGCACAACUGAGUGGCAAUUUGGUUGGCAGCUUCCGUGUAAGCCUCCUUGGUCCCAAGUUUAAAUCUAUUUUGGUUGAAUUAGCACAUAUAUGAGAUG